AUGCGUUUCUCCUACGCCGUUCUGCCCCUGGCUGCCAUUGUUGGCGCCCUCGAGGUCACCUCCCCCACCAAGGGCGAGGAUGUUGAUGUCUCCAACUCCUUCACUGUCAAGUGGGACUCCGUCAGCACCGACGCCUCCAACUUCAAUCUUUACAUUGUCAACAACGCCGUCUACCCCCCGGUUGAGCAGAAGAUCGCCAGCGAUGUCGAGACCUCCAAGGGCUCCUACACUGUCUCUGGCCUGUCCGGCCUGACCGACGGGUACGGCUACCAGAUCAACCUGGUCUCCGACGAGCCCCAGAACAGCGGCAUCCUCGCCCAGUCGCAGCAGUUCGACGUGAAGGGCGCCUCUUCCAGCUCCAGCUCCAGCUCCAGCUCCAGCGCCAGCUCUUCCAGCACCAGCAGCGCCUCUUCGUCUUCCUCCUCCUCCGCCUCCUCCUCUUCGUCUUCCGCCUCCUCCGCCUCGACCACCCUCACCUCGACCGCCAGCUCUUCUACCGGUACUGCCAGCACCCUCAUCUCCACUACUGCCCAAACCACAUCUUCUCAACCCACCUCUUCUCAACCCACCUCUUCUCAACCCACCUCUUCCUCCUCCAUCAGCGGCGCUCAGUCCUCGACGGCCAACGGCACUGCCCCGACGGCCUCUGUCGCCCCCGGUGCUGGUUCCGCCCUGACUGCCCCGCUGACCGCCGUUGCCGGUCUGGUCAUGGGCGCCAUGGCUCUUGUUCUGUAG